GGCCACUUCUCACCAUAGCGGAGCCAUGACCACAACCAAAAUCACAACACCACGUUAUGGCCAUGUCCCAGGUCAGCCAUUUGUUCUCGUACCUCUCUAUAUUUAUCCCCUGGGAAACGCUUGGCAGCCGCUUUUUGACAUUGCGUACUCAAUGCCCCACGUUGAAUUCGUCGCAAUCAUAAACCCCUGCAAUGGGCCUGGCACGGACGCGCUCCCGGACGCAAAUUACGCAGCAGUUCUGCAGAGGCUCAGGUCCGUUCAUAACAUACGACCAAUCGGCUAUAUUCACUGCAGUUAUGGCCAUCGGAGCCUUGAUGCCAUAUUUCGAGACAUUGAUGUCUAUCAUGACUGGAAUCACGACUUACGGCUAGAAGGUAUUUUCGUCGACGAGACACCAUCGGAUCCGAAAUUGCUUCCAUACAUGUCCGCUAUUGCCAGAUACACGAGGAAGAAAUGGGAACAGACGUCUGAUCGCUUCAAUUUGAUUGUUUACAAUCCGGGCGUUGUCGUUGACCCAGCCUACUUUGAAGACCCCAAUUUGGUGGUGAUCUUUGAGCAGUCUGAGUCUCAUUGGAGGAGUCCAGAAAUUCAGAAGUCUAUCGCUCAGGUGCCCCUAGAGUUGAGGUCCAAAGCUGUUGCAAUCGUCCACUCCUUAACGGAAAGUCUCUGUGAUGCGGCCCGGCUCACUACUGAGAUACGUUUACUGGGUUUUGGAGGUCUCUAUUUAACGGAGCAAGGUGGUGGUGGCUUCAGUAAGUGGCCAGUCAUGUGGGUCACGGUGGCUGCGGAGAUAGGCGGGAAAAGUAGGUCCUGUUAAGCCUAUUACCUGUUAGCAGGACAACUAGGUAUAGCAAUUAUAGCAGUAGCCACUAUAUGAGUCAGACUUUAGCACGACUGGGAAGAGAGUGUUAUUGUAAUUAAUUUAGGUGGCCUAGCUAUAAGAAUAAAAAGAGAAAUAAAGAAACAGAAGAGAAAUGAACACAGAAGGAAAGGACAAGGCGUAAAUAUAUUUCUAAUCUGCCUCGCCUAGCAGUAAGCGCAAAUCCUUUUAAAGAAGGCGCUUGAUUUGGUUAAGUUGAUGUACCUGUUAAAGUGCCUUCCUAUCACGAGAUUGACCGCCGUAGUCAG